AAAAAUAUAUUAAAAUAUACAAAAUUUAUGAGAAAUAAAUUUUUCUUCCGCGUCGCGCGUUGGCUCACCCCGACUCCUCUCACCGAAAACCUGAAAGUUGAAACCAGGGAAGGAAUUAUAAAAAAAUAAAAUAAAAAACUAAUAAUAAAUAGAACUGGAAGGCAGAUCUUUAUUCGUCACUCCUCGUCUCCUGAUCCCUCCAAUGGCUCUGCAGCCUUAAGAUCUCAGUUGCUGAAACGAAUUUCUCCCUCCCUCCAUCAAUUCUACCGCCGCCGCACUACCUACCUCAUCGCCGCCCCCAAAAAUGGCCCGCCAGUCUCUUGCAUUUUGUUUCAUCCUCGCAGUCUCUCUGUUAUCUAACUUGAUUCUCUGCAAGACCCUCAAACGAGACGUUAAAGCUUUGAAUGAAAUCAAGGCUUCUCUUGGAUGGAGGGUGGUCUAUGCGUGGGUUGGAGAUGAUCCCUGUGGAGAUGGUGAUCUGCAGCCUUGGUCGGGGGUCACUUGCUCCACACUUGGAGACUAUAGAGUUGUUACAGAAUUGGAAGUCUAUGCAGUAUCAAUUGUGGGGCCUUUUCCAACUGCUGUGACCAAUCUUUUGGAUCUUACUAGGCUGGAUCUUCAUAAUAACAAGUUGACUGGGCCAAUUCCUCCCCAAAUUGGACGAUUAAAGCGUCUUAAAAUACUCAAUUUGAGAUGGAAUAAGCUACAAGACGUCAUUCCUCCUGAAAUAGGUGAACUAAAGAAGCUAACGCAUCUAUACCUGAGUUUCAAUAAUUUCAAGGGAGAAAUUCCAAAGGAGCUUGCAAAUCUUCCUGAGCUUCGAUAUCUCUAUCUACAUGAAAAUCGUUUCACGGGGCGAAUUCCGCCAGAAUUGGGCACUCUGCAAAACCUUCGUCACUUAGAUGUUGGAAACAAUCAUUUGGUGGGUACUAUAAGAGAACUCAUACGUAUUGAGGGAUGCUUUCCAUCUCUUCGAAACCUUUAUCUCAAUAAUAAUUAUUUUACGGGAGGCAUUCCAUCUCAGCUUGCAAAUUUGACUUACUUGGAAAUCUUGUACCUAUCCAACAACAGAAUGGCUGGAACAGUCCCAUCUGCACUUGCUCAUAUUCCUAGACUAACUUUCUUGUACUUGGAUCACAAUCAGUUUUCAGGGAGAAUUCCUGAUGGCUUCUAUAAGCACCCUUUCUUGAAAGAAAUGUACAUUGAAGGGAAUUCAUUCAGACCUGGUGUAAACCCAAUUGGUGCUCACAAGGUCCUUGAACUUUCAGACUCAGAGUUCCUGUUUUAAUAAGAGAUCAGCCCAUUCUUUAUUUGUUUAGUUGGCAUUUUUAUGUGCCUAUAUGGGGGUUCAUCUGAUUCCCAGGAUGGACAAGGAAAUCAAUUUUUGUUCAGCUCAUUUUCUUGUGUUUGUGAGAAGCUGGCUAUGAUGUGUAUAGUUUCACAUUAUAAAAUAGAUUUUGUGUUGCUAAAUGAUUUGUAAUGACUUCCACUGUAACUCCAGUAUGGAUGUAAGAACUCCAGAAAUUAUGAAAAAAGGAAAAUUUAUAGCUUAUAUUCCAUAUGAAAAA